CGCCCAGGCCGCCUCCCCGCACCUCCCCGCGCCCGCGCCCCGCACCUCCCCGCACCUCCCCGGCCGGGCCCCGCGCCCGCCCCGCUCCUCCCGCGCCCGCCCCGCGCCGGGCCAUGCUGCCCCGGCGGCCGCGCUGAAGGAUGCCGACCCCGCGCCCCGCGCCCGCGCCGCGGCCCCUGCGCCUGCUGCGGCUGCUGCUCUCCGGCCUCGUCCUCGGCGCGGCCCUGCGCGGGGUCGCCGCCGCCGCCGGCCGCCCGGAUGCUGCCUCCUGCCCCGGGAGCCUGGACUGCGCCCUGAGGCGGCGGGCUCGGUGCCCCCCGGGAGCCCACGCGUGCGGGCCGUGCCUCCAGCCCUUCCAGGAGGACCUGCUCGGGCUCUGUGUGCCCAGGGCGCGCCGGCCGCUGGGGACCGGGACCCCCCGGCCACCACCGGAGGAUGAAAUCGACUUCUUGGCCCAGGAGCUGGCUCAGCGGGAGGGAGGACAGGCCCGGCCUGAGGGGCCCCCACGGCCGCCCGCGCCUGCUGCCACCCCAGGGCUCUCGGAGCCUGGCCUGCCCCCCACGUGGGGUGGCCCACCACCCACACCCAACAGCUCCCUGGCCUCCACCACGGGGCCCGUGCACAUGGCCCCCCUGGGACCCCGGGGCCCGCAUGGCCACGCCUUGGUCCUUGUGCUGAUCCUGGCCUGCUCCAUGGCCGGUGCCACAGCCGUGGCCGUGGCCGCUCUCUGCUGGUGCCGGCUGCAGCGGGAGAUCCGGCUGACCCAGAAGGUGGACUACGUGGCCCCGCAGGUGGCCAGCUGCCCUGCAGACUCCAGCGCCUCGCCCGGCGACCAGAGGCUGGCGCACAGCGCCGAGGUGUACCACUACCAGCACCAGCGGCAGCAGAUGCUGUGCCUGCAGCGGCACCAGGAGCCGCCCGCGGGGCCUGACUCCACUGCCGCCGCCUCGGACGAGGAGAACGAAGACGGGGACUUCACCGUGUACGAGUGCCCGGGCCUGGCCCCGACCGGAGAGAUGGAGGUGCGCAACCCGCUGUUUGACCACACCUCGCUGUCCACGCGGGAACCGCAGUGACCGCUGUCCGGGGAGGACGAGGCCACGCCGGCGAGACCCUACGGCUUGGGAACCUGCCGGGCAUCUGCGCCCACACCUGGGCCCGGGCCGGCGACCCGGGCACAAGCCAAUUAAAGUACAUUUCAAACCUGUG